CUGCCCCGUCCCCGGGGGCGACCAGGCAGGCACCAUGCCACUGCCGCUCUGCACGCUCUCCAGCCAAGCACAUCAUUGUUUGCGUGCUUUAAAGUCAGUAAAGGAAGACAUUCUACCGCCUUUGUGUAUUGCAAGAUGGGCUUCUACUUCCUCUGUGCCUCGAAUCACUACACACUAUACUAUUCAUUCUCGGAACAAAGACAAACGAUGGGAAGGGGUGAACAUGGAAAGAUUUGCAGAAGAAGCUGAUGUUGUUAUAGUUGGAGCAGGCCCUGCGGGUCUUUCUGCAGCUAUUCGACUUAAACAGUUAGCCAAUGAGUAUGGCAAAGAAGUUCGUGUUUGCUUGGUGGAGAAGGCUGCUCAGAUCGGUGUACAUACACUUUCUGGUGCUUGUCUUGAGCCACGAGCUUUGGAAGAACUCUUACCGGACUGGAAGGAGCGAGGGGCUCCACUUCAGACUCCAGUAACUGAAGACAAAUUUGGGAUUUUAACAAGAAUUCCAGUGCCAAUUCUUCCAGGCCUUCCAAUGACUAAUCAUGGGAAUUAUAUAGUGCGCCUGGGGCACUUUGUGAAUUGGCUGGGUGAGCAAGCAGAAGCUUUGGGUGUUGAGGUGUAUCCAGGCUAUGCAGCAGCUGAGGUUCUUUUUCAUGAAGAUGGCGGUGUGAAAGGGAUUGCCACUAAUGAUGUAGGCAUUCAAAAGGAUGGAGCACCUAAAGCUAUCUUUGAAAGAGGUUUGGAGCUACAUGCCAAAGUCACGUUCUUUGCAGAAGGUUGUCAUGGACAUCUUGCCAAACAAUUGUACAACAGAUACAAUCUAAGGGAGAAAUGUCAACCCCAGAGCUGUGGUAUCAGACUGAAAGAGUUGUGGCUUAUUGAUGAAAAGAAAUGGAAACCAGGAAGAGUGGAACACACUGUGGGCUGGCCCUUGGACAGACAUACAUAUGGAGGAUCAUUUCUUUAUCAUUCAAAUGAAGGUGAAUCAUUGGUAGCUCUUGGGUUUGUGGUUGGUUUAGAUUAUCAAAAUCCCUAUUUGAGCCCAUUUAAAGAGUUCCAGAGAUGGAAGCAUCAUCCCAGUGUGGAGCCCACUUUUGAGGGUGGAAAAAGGAUUGGCUAUGGUGCUAGAGCCUUGAAUGAAGGUGGUUUCCAGUCUAUACCCAAACUCACUUUCCCUGGUGGAGUAUUAAUUGGUUGCAGUCCUCGUUUCAUGAAUGUUCCUAAAAUCAAAGGUACACACACUGAAAUGAAAAGUGGCAUGUUGGCUUCAGAAGCUGUUUUCAACCAACUAACUAAUGAGAACCUCCAAUCGAAGACAGUAGGAAUUGAUGUGCCUGAAUAUGAAGAAAACUUGAAGAAAUCCUGGGUGUGGAAAGAGCUCUAUUCUGUUAGGAAUAUCCGACCUUCCUGCCAUGGAGUACUGGGUGUCUAUGGAGGAAUGAUUUAUACUGGUAUAUUUUAUUGGAUACUGAGAGGAAUGGAACCAUGGACAUUAAAACAUCCAGGACCAGACUCUGAUCAGCUAAAGCCUGCCAAAGAUUGUACUCCUAUUGAAUAUCCAAAGCCUGAUGGAAAAAUCAGUUUUGAUCUCCUGUCCUCUGUGGCUCUAAGUGGGACAAAUCAUGAACAUGACCAGCCUCCUCAUUUGACUCUGAAGGAUGACAGUGUCCCUGUGAACAAAAAUUUAGCUAUAUACAAUGGGCCAGAACAGAGAUUCUGUCCUGCAGGUGUUUAUGAAUAUGUUUCCCUGGAAACUGGAGAAGGGUUACGGUUGCAGAUAAAUGCUCAGAAUUGUGUCCACUGUAAAACAUGUGAUAUUAAAGACCCAAGCCAGAAUAUUAACUGGGUAGUACCUGAAGGGGGAGGAGGGCCAGCUUAUAAUGGAAUGUAAAUUUGAUCAAAACUAUCCAGUGUACUUCCCGGACACGUUGUAACCUCACACAAAUAUAUGCUAUG